GAAAAAGAGGUGGAACACAAAUGCAAAGUGUACAUGGACGGAGUGAGCGCAAACUGAUCAUGCUAAAUGAGUUGCACCAACCCAUUGGUCCUACUGAAGCAAUUGUGAAAGAGUUGGGUAGCUUCCUCGGCACAUUGGCAAGGAAUGGGACCUUUUGUCCUCUUAAUGUGUUUAAAUGGAAGAAAUUGAAGACACAUGAUGAUAUGUGGAACUAUACCAUGGAGAAAUAUGACAUUCCUAAAGUUGCGAAAGAAUGGGCUUUGCGAACAAUUCAACUUGCUUGGAGAAAGUAUAAGAAUGGGUUGAAGAAGAAACACUACUAUCGCUACGCCAAUGACGAACUUCGAAUGGCAAAAAGGCCUAAAGAAGUUUCAGAAUCUCAAUUUAAGGCUCUCCUCGAAUAUUGGAACUCCGAUGCGGCUCAAGACAUGUCCAGAAAAAUACAGAGAAUCGAAAAAAAGUUGAGGUAUCCACACACUGUUGGCAAAACAAGUUUUGCUAUAAUCCGCGAGAAAAAAAAGAAGGAAAAUCCUGAAGCUUUGUCAAGUAAGGAGUUUUUUGUGGCUACUAGAAGAAGGAAACCAGGCCGAGUAUACAAGGACUCAUAUGAAGAUACGGCUAGCAAAAUAGCUGAAAUGGAGAGAAUAGAAACUCAAGAAAGUGAAGAUGGCAGUCAAUCAGUUGACGCAUAUGUAUCAGUAAUGGGACCUGAUCAUCCAGGUCGAGUAAGAUUGUAUGGACGUGGGGUUACCAAGACUCUCUUGAAAUAGAAGCGGCGGAUUCUCGGACUCUCUUCAAAUGUUACCGAUGAAAUGGAGAAAAAAAUGGA